AUGCUCACAGCGCUACAGGCAACCAGCCUCGCCCGCAUGGCCCUUGGUGGCCCUCUACGCUCUGGGCAGAACCUCUAUCUCUCGUGUGGAGAACUCUGGCUGCGCCGGGAAGUUAGCAACGUCGACUCGGAACAUGCAGAGGGCAAGGCCCCAAAGAAAUCUAGAUUUGAUCCGCGACAUCUCAUGGUGAACUCCUAUAUUUCCCACAUAAAGCCCAAGGAACCUGAAUGGCAUCCAAGGUUGAGAUCUCUCUGUCUGCACAUGCAUGGAAGAAGGAAGAUGAGGCCUUCUGCAUCGUGCAGGCACAGCUUUUUCCACGGUGAGCUCCAUGUAGGACCGAGUGCGGCAACCGCCGUCGACGAGGCCUGCUCACGCCAAAAAAUUGUGAAGCAACUGGAAGAGAGAGGGCACGAAGUGGUCAAGCAGGUGACGCGAAGUAAAUCAGGCGUUCAGCGCUUUCAGAUUGAUGCACAGUUCCGCAAUCCCUUAAGUCUUGAUCAGCCACAAAGCAGACAGCCACAAAUGCAUUGGCUGAGAAUCAGCCCUUUUUGA